AGUCAGAUAUUGGUCAGCGAGCCAUACUUUAUGUCUAAGUGAAGCUGGCAAGCAACACUAGUUUACUUUAACCAGACCGCCAGCUACUACUUCUCUCUCUCUUCUUCUGUUCACCAUUUCCUCACUUAUUUAUACUGCUCUCUGCUGCUCUCCAAAACCAUCUCAACUCACAAGUUUCUCCCAAUGGCUUUAAAAUCUUUUCUUCUACUGGCCACUAUUCUCCUAGUAACUACAAAGUUUGUCUAUGCAGAUGUUCCAGUAACAGGAACAUAUCCUCCCAAGGCUCCCUUGGCCCCAGUUCCUCCAGUCAAGCCACCAACUCCGGUUGUCAAGCCCCCAGUUCCAGUUCCUACCCCAGUAUACAAGCCACCAACUCCAGUUGUGAAGCCACCAACUCCGGUUGUCAAACCACCAACUCCAGUGAUCAAGCCCCCAGUUCCAGUUCCUACCCCAGUAUACAAGCCACCAGUACUAGUGCCUCCACCAGUAGUGAAACCACCAACUCCUGUGCCUCCUCCAGCCUACAAGCCACCAGUAUCAGUGCCUCCUCCAGUAGUGAAGCCACCUGCUCCAGUGCCUCCCCCAGCAUACAAACCACCAGUAUCAGUGCCUCCUCCUGUAGUGACACCACCGGCUCCAGUAAAGGUGCCUCCUCCAGCAUACAAGCCCCCAGUUACAGUGCCUCCACCAGCAUACAAGCCCCCUGUCCAGCCAUCACCACCAAUGCCUCCUGUUAAGUCCUUGAAAGAUUGCACCCCACUGUGUGACACUAGGUGCUCAUUACAUUCAAGGCCAAAUAUUUGCAAAAGAGCAUGCAUGACAUGCUGCGGCAGAUGCAAAUGUGUUCCCCCAGGCACGUACGGCAACAGGGGAAAAUGUGGCAAGUGCUAUGCUGAUAUGAGAACCCGUGGCAACAAAUACAAGUGUCCUUGAGAAUGAAUGAGACAGUGUUCGGUUGCCUGUAGUAAAAGAAAUGGUUUAUCACCACUUUCGAUGAGUACUUUCUACUAGUUGCCAGCAAGUGUCAAACAAUCUAAUAGCAUAUGAAUAAAGAGUAAAUCGAUUUGUAAUGCGUGUCUAGUUAGUUUUCCUAUGCAUUAUUACAUAUUUAAUAUGUACAACUUUUUACUAAUUAGUAGUCAAUAUAUGGAUUUGUUUCUUAAAAUAAAAUUUCAUUUUUGAUUGAGCAGCUCA